UCAAGGCCUGCAAGUUUAACAUCUUCGAAUUUGUGUCUUUUUGAAUUAUAAACCACGAAUUCACCUUUAAACUUCAAAAAUAAUAUGUCUCCAUUCUUCAUAAAGCUCACAGGCCUCAAGCAACGUCCGCAAUGCACUGAUGGAAUUGUCAACAUCUUACUCCAUGAAAUAUUCUCACUUAUUUCACACUAUAGUAUAGGUCGUGAAGAAAGUCACACGAAGUGCUCGCAAGUGACAAGUUUGUAUUCCGGCACGAGUACUAUGGCUAGCAUACGCACACCCUCAUCUGCUGGACGUGGGGCUAGACGUGGUGCUACCCGGGGUGGCGGUCAAGUUGGCGUUCAUCAAACUAGAAGACAGGCUGCCCCUCAACCUGAAGUUGGGAACAUGGGUCAACCCCAAGCUGCUAUGCCAUAUCAAGUGCAAGGGCAGGGAGUUCAAGACGCUCCACCACCAGUGCCAACUGUUGCCUUACCUGCAGACGCUGUGGCAAGGUUAUUGAAUGUGUUAGAGGCAUUGGUGCCUACUCAGGGUGGAAGUUCAGCUCCUCCGGCUACUCUACAAACACAAGCACCUGCACAAACUCAAACUUUCGGGAAUAAGGAAGUAUCCCUACAAGAGUUCCUGAAAUUGAAAUCACCAAAAUUUACAGGUUUUGAUAAUUCAGCAGAUCCUUAAAGUUUCUUGGAUGGGCCACUCGAGGCAUUACCUGCUCUAGGAUGUUCUAGUGAGAGAGCCUCGGAGCUCGCAACAUACAAACUAGAGGAUAUGGCCAACACAUGGUAUGAAACUGUAUUGCUAGGAAGCUCAGUAGGAGCAGCACCACUGACAUGGGACGAAUUCACUAAAUUGUUCAUGAAUAAUUUUCUUCCGGACAACUUGAUGCAAAAAUAUGCUAGAGACUUUGAGAGAUUGGUUCAGACUCCAGAUAUGGAUGUGUCAACAUAUAACACAAAGUUUUGUAAGCUGGCUAGAUAUGUCCCUUACUUAGUGCCUACCGAAGAAUCUCGAGUUCAGAGGUUUGUUGAUGGAUUAGUUGGUCGUCUAUACACUGCAGUAGCCCCACAGAUGAAGACUUUAUCCUACUCUGAUGCAGUCGACCUUGCUAGAAAGAUUGAAACCAAGGGACGUGAGAAGCGUGUAACUAGUGAUUUACGUAAGAAGGCCAAGACAUGAGGGUCUUUCAGUGGCGGUUUUAGUGAAAAUCGAAGAGCAGGAAAUCAGGGACAACAACAGGGUUUUCAGACAGGGACACACUUGUCUUCACAGUCCACAUACAGACCGCAUUACAGACAGGGUAAUAGGGGACCAUCAUCUUCUGGACAUCAUAAUUCUGGGCAGAUAUAUGCCACUACUCCAGUCUGCCAGACCUGUGGUAGAUCACAUUUGGGCCAAUAUCGUAUUCUAAUUGGAGAGUGCUUUCGGUGUGGCCAGUUGGGACAUCACUUGAGGGAUUGCCCUCAGCCUCCAAGAAAUUUCAACCAGGCUUCUAUUCAGUCAGCUGCACCUACUCAGAUUACUCGUAAUACUUCAGGUGCUACAGGUAAAUGAAAUAGAGGUCGAGGUGCUGGAGAUCAUGCUACUGUGAAUCAAGGACAAGGGAAUGCUGGUAGAGGUCAGGCGAGAGUUUUUGCAUUUACUAGACAGGAUGCUCAGGCCUCAAAUGUUGUGGUUACAGGAUUGGCGGUGUUACAGUCCUGCGGAAAGGAAAAUCUAACUUUAUCAGUGAUGGUAAAACAGAGACAACAGUUGACGCAGGCGAGGAUUUCGUUAAUUAGAGCGCACAAGUUGAUAGUUUUUGGUGAGCCUCGCACUUAUUCGCGUGGGCAGAGAUUUUAUUUAUUGUUAUGGCCUUUUCUUUGAACUUUUAGAGUCGCUCCAUAAUUAUCCUUUUAGUGUCCUGAGUACUCAUUUGUUGAUAUGGACUAGUUACUAGUAUCAUACUUUCUUUCCGUAUUUUUAGAGUUGGUUUUGGUUUUAUUAUGUUGAGGAGGUUGGUAAUAUUGGUGGAAACCCGUUUGUGGUUAGUUGAUGAAUAUUGUGACUGAUUUAGGUCAAUAUUUGUUGGUUGUUACUUGUUUAUGAGACAUGAAAGUUUUUGGAUAGGGGAAACUUUAUCCGAUUUUCUGUAAAAUACCGAUGAAGCUUAA